CGUGGGCUUUUAGUAGGCUGUGACUCGGUGGUGCGAUGUUUCUGUAUUUGAUAAUGUAGUUUCAGAGCUAAUUUUCAUUGCCGCGCUCUCCACCUUUAAGAGGACAGUUAUAUGCAACAUAAAGAGUAACGCGGUAAGUAAUCUAAUUUCUUGCAUAUUUCACAACUCAUUACAGAAUGUUGAAGGAAGAAGAAACUAUAAAUCACCCAUAUUGGCCACGCAACCUGUCCAUUCCCAACUAUGUGGCUAAUGACCGUUCAAUGUCAGAGAUUCUCAUAUUCCUGUUCUCUGUGUCCGGGAUACUGCUGCUUGCCACCUGGUCACUGACUGGCCGUAAGGUGUGUGGAAGCAGGCUUAGUGGAGGGAGGAGGUUAGCUCUGUGCUGGUUCACUGUGUGUGGCUUCAUCCAUGGGGUCAUUGAGGGAUGGUUCUCUUUAUACUACACCAUCAUUCCUAAAGACCAGAGUUUCCUUUCUCAACUGUGGAAAGAAUAUUCCAAAGGAGACAGCAGAUAUGCAAUAGCGGAUAAUUUCAACGUUAGCAUGGAGACAGUGACCACGUGCCUGUGGGGUCCCUUUAGCAUAUGGAUUGUUGUGGCCUUCCUGUAUAAUCAUUCUUACAGAUUUGUGCUGCAACUCAUUGUAUCUCUAGGUCAGCUGUAUGGUGCAGUCCUCUACUUCUUCACUGAGCACAGAGAUGGAUAUAUUCACAGCGAAUAUGGUCACCCCAUCUACUUCUGGUUCUACUUUGUGUUUAUGAAUACUUUGUGGAUUGUCAUCCCUUUCAUUCUUAUAGUGGACUCAUGGUGUCAGCUAUCUGCCUGUCAAUCCAUGUUUGAUAAAGCAGCACUAAAAGGAAAGUCUAAAAGAAGCUAGACCAGUAGAACAUGGAAGGGAUAUGAA